AUGAGUUUAACGAAUGUAAAACUAGCCGAACACAAGCGGCAUCUUCUUCCUCCAUACAUCCGAACUCAUUUACUUGAAGAAGAGCAAAAUUGGAAAGAGGCCAUCUUUGCAAAUUUAGAGAAAUACAUUCAAGAAGGUAAGCCUGAUCAAAUUGAUUAUUGGUUUAAUGCUCUUGAUGUAUACACUUCAUUUGAGACAUUUACAUUGACGGCAGCCGAGCUUGAAAAGAUUGGAUAUAUUUUAUACAACUUUAUCAUUACAUCUAAGCACUUAACACUCGUAUCUACUGCUGCCCAACUCUUUGUUUCUAUUAUAGAGCCAAAACACAUUAAGUUAAAUCUCAAAUUUGAUUGGAAACCAAUUUACAAAAUUCUCUACGAUUCUAUGCUCUCGCACUCUAAGACACGAUACACAAAAUACCCUUCUAAAUUCAUUGAAACGCUUAUUAUCUUCAUCAGAUACGCCAGAAACUAUUGGGAAGAAUCGGCCACAGAAAAAAUGCUGAAUGAGUGGAAAAUGAUUCUCGAUCCACACUACCAGACGUUUACUCUUGGAAUUUCCCAGCUUACUCUUUUCUUACCUGUUAAUCAUAACAAACAUAACAUUUGGUUAACGAUGUUUAGAAAUCUUUGGACACUUUACAGAUCAAUCUCCUACGACUUUCAAUUCUUCGAGCUUUUCGCCAGAUUAUCGCGUCAAGGCUACGAAGAUGUUCCUUGGUCGGAUAUGUUACCAUUCAUUUUCAAUGUUGCGGCCACGCAUAUGGGUAUUCCAACAGCGUUACUCGAAACACCUCUUCCUCAAGCUGUUGGCAUCAAUCCAGAAUUAUAUUCUCAAUUUUACAAAGAUUGUGCGACAUUGGACGAAAUAUUAGCACUUUUCGCACAAAUCGUUGCUCAUCUACUUACAGGAUCUACCAGGAUGCAAACCAGAUCACUUCUUUCCAGAAUGUUAUAUAUCAUAGCUCCAUUAUGCACAGUAAACACAGAUAGUGAUGAUAGCGAUGGCGAGUUUGAUGCACCAAUCCUGUUCAUCGAUGAAUUGAUCAAUGAAUAUUCAAAGAGAGUUAAAUACGACCGAGAUUUUCCAGAAAUGGCAAAAUUAGAGCCAUUUAAUUCGGAAGAUCAUGCAUGGUUUGCUGAACAACUUAUAAGACUUAUUGUUAUGAACCAAUUCCACGAAAACCCUCCUUUGAAUAAUAUUAUUAAAUUUGCGCAAAUCUGUCCAAGCAUUGUUAUACCACCUGUCAUACAGUCCAUCCAGUAUUCAUUCAAUUACGAGCAUCUCAAGACAACAGCGAUCCAGAGUUUGCUUGCAAUUGCACCAGCAGUUAUUUAUUCAGGCGAAUGUUUCCAAGAUUUCAUGCCAUUGGUUGUCAGAUCUGCAGAAGAAAUUUCAUUCAUGGAUACAACUAAAUCAUCUGUUGUUUUCUCAUUGAUUUCGUUCAUUGCGACAACAGUUCCUUUAACAAAAGAACAUGAACAAUUUAUAUUUACUAUUACACAACGUUGUAUAGAGUUCUGUGAACACGCAAUUGGAGAAGAUUUCAUUCCUUCGUUAGGAGAGAUUUUGACAACAAUGUCACGUUUGAUUUCAACAAUUCCACCUCACAUGGCCACUAAAAUUGCUCAAAUGGUCAAAAACAAAGUGGAAGACAUAAAUGGACAAGCGCUCAGUUCCAUUGUCGAAGCGUUAGAUAACUACGCACCACCGAUAUUCGCUGAAGAAGCUCUCAAAGCAACAACACUUAAACAGUACACAAUUUUGAAGGCAUUGGCCAGACAAACUGACCAAUUUUACUUAGAAAAAAUGGAACAGUUAACCGUCACAAUUCUUGGCGGUUUUAUCAAUACGAACAAAAAGAUCAGAGAUGAAUCAUGUGCAGUAAUGAAAUGGAUAUUAAAGAAUAUGUUGAAUACUUAUCCGAUGCUUCCUAAGAAGACAGGAUACGUCAAUUCCAAACAGAUUGAUUUGAAAUGGCAUGUUCCGAAAGAGGAAUCAAUUGAAAAAGCUGACAAUUUGAUAAAGAGCUGUUUGUCAGCGGCCAAAGAAUUGAUUGAAAGCAAAAACAGAGAUGAACAACUCCAAGGAAUAACUAUCUGCAGAUCAAUCAUCAAAGGAACACUCGCUGCUGUCUCUUCCGAUGACAUUCCUCACUACAAUGAUAAAGAAGGAAUGACAACACCCCCUCUUGAAAGAUUCCAUGAUCAAAGAAUUGCACAAAGAUUCUUAGAAACCGUUGAUUUGUUAGUAACCGUUAUUUCCUCAGAAAAAUUCAAUAGAAGAGCCAUUUCGCAAGCAUUAAAGAUUUUAGAGUAUGCAAAUGCACCAAGAGAUCACAUUGCCAGCGAAAUAGAAGGCUUGACAACAGAGCAUAAUUACAAUGCUGAUACAGGACAUGUUGUUUUAUUGGCUCCUCAAUUAGAAGCAAUGACAUAUAAUGUUGCUUAUUGGAAAGGUCUUCAAUUGUAUUCUUUGAGACAUUCUUUGAUGCAUGUAAGAUUCCCUAAAUGCACGAGAACUGUUUUAGAACACGCAUUUAAAUUGGCAACACAUUCUUAUGAGAAAAUAAGAAAUGCCGCAACAAGUUAUAUUUCUGUAACAACUGCAUCGUUCCAUGACAAUUUCUUCGACUUGUUUGAUAAGGCUAUUGACUUAUUAGAGAAAGUUGGAAAGUCAGAGUCCCAAGAAAUCGAAGGAAUCGGAAAGAAAGAUGAUAUAAUCGCUGGAAUAAGUGAUAUAAUCACUGCUUUGCCAAAUUGUUACAUGAACAGAAAAACAUUUUACAUGAUAAUGAGAGCAGCAUUGGCUAUCUGCAUACAAUUAUCUCCUGAUGAACAUUUGGACUCGGCAAGAUCAUUAAGACAAGUAAUCGUUAUCUUAUUGGAUCAAACUGAUUCUGGUGAUUAUUUGUUUAGUCCGAAAUAUUUGUCAAAAAGUGACAAUAUUCAAGACGAUGAAAUCAGUGACAAACCGUUCAGUGAGUUGAGGAAAUGGUUUGCAAAAGAAGCUAUCAAGAAGAACUCUUUGUAUCCAAGUAGUCGCGAAACAUGGAAUUACGCAGCAGCUUUAGUUUGCGCAAUAAUUUUCGGUCAACCAUUAGUUUUUGAUGCAGAAAUUUUGACUUUCGUUUUAUCAUUGAUCAAAACGGAUGACAGGGCUGUAAGAGAAUGUGUCAUUGGUAUAAUGCCAACACUCAUUGAAUCAUUCAUCCCAAGAAUUCCUCGUCCUCAAGGUGUCAAAAUUUCCGAGAUAAACGAAGAAAACUAUGAUGAUGCAGCAUUUGAAGACAGAAGAAUGCCAACACAAGCCAGUAAAAUGCCAAAAUUCCUUACAAAAGAAGAAUACUUGGAUAUCGAAACAAUCAAGAAAUACUUCCCUAACGAAGAUGCAGAAGAACGUGUAAAGAUGCACAAAGUUCUUUUCGACACUUUGGAAGAACUCGGAGAUCCAUUGGAACAAAUGAUUACAUAUUUAGUUGACGCACAAAUCCACAAAGAUGACAAUUUCUCGAAGACAAGAGUUGCAUUUUGGUGUGCAUUAUGUAGAUUCCUUGGCAUCAAUUUCACUCAUAAACUCUUCGACAGAGCUUCUGUGAUGAUUAACUCACAAUCUUUAGUUCCUCAACAUGUUGUUGCUGCAGAAAUAUUUGCAGGAGUUUUGCAUUCUGUUAAAUCUCGUCCUUAUUCAUAUGUAAAACAAGUUUCUGAGUUUGUUUUACCUUUCGUCACGAGAUUAUUAAGUACAUGCGAUCCUGUAUAUCAUUCUCUUUGGUAUCUUUCAUUUUUCAUGUGUUUCAAUGAGAUGGAUCCAAGAAGAUUGUUUUGGUUGUACGAACACAUUUUGACAUGUGUUCCAACAGAUGACAAUUUAAGGGCUGCAAGAGCUGUUUCUUUGAUAACUGAUAUACUUCUGGAUGUUGCCUUUAAGAUCAAGGGAUUGACAGAAAAGAUAUGCGCAAUUGCAACUGUUCCUUUGUUCUCAAACCAGGCACUUUCUUUCGAACAAAUAAGAGAAAGUUCUGUCAGAGCAUUAAUUCAAAUGGUUUCUCUGACAUUUGACGUUGAUUUACGUGGCAGAAAUCAGGCAUCAUUGGAUUUACUGUCAAAAUUUGUUGAUACCACUGACAACGAAGAUUUCAUCAACAGAUUUGUUGUCUCUUCCUUUGGUGUACAGAGUUUGGCAACACUUUCAAUGGGAGAAUUUGUUUUGUCACAUUUCCAAAAAUGGGCAACAUAUAUCACAGGAAAAGAUGAAGACAAAGAACAAUUGGCAAGAGCAGGUUUAUGUGCUGUUGCUUCUUCCAAUUGGCUUGGCUCUAUUUCCAAGUAUCCUGUUGGUCCAAAUGAAGGAAAAGAAGUUGUCAAACGAAUAUUGGCAGAAUUUUUAAAAAUUUCUCAACAUCCAUGGCAAAUACAAUGCGUUUUAAUCUUGAUCAUUGAGUCGUUCCUAGCAUCAUCAUACUUCCUAUUUGAUGAUGACGAAGUCAUGCCUCAAAUUGUUGAAGAUGUUGUCAUUGUUGGAUUGGGAACAAACCACACAGAUGUUCAAGAUGCAGCAGCACAAUUGUUGACUUUCAUUUGCCAUCAUUCGAUGUCUUUUUCAGUGAGAAUUUGUGACUUGAUUCCAAGAUUCUCAGCCAUGUUACAUGACCAACAGAUACAAACAAGACUCGCAGGAGCUAAAGCUUUGUACGCUUUGAUCAAUGGAACAACAAUGUUUGAUGAUGUCCCUCAAUACGUAAUUGAUUGCUUCCAGAUUCUUUCCGACGCAAUGGAAACUGAUAAAGCUGUGGAACCAACUAUUUCUCAAUCUUUCUCUGAUUUCUGGUCAACAAAUGAAUCAAAUCUAAUGAAAUCAGCUGCAGAAACACUGGCGCCAUUCAGAGCUUCAUUAAGGCCAAGUUAUUUCUGCUAA